AUGAAGCCAGAAAAAAAAAAGCUCGUAGAUCGAACACUACCCGCGAGAAGAGGCACCCUCAUCUCCCUCCUCCUCCUCCAUCGCGAUGCGGGUCCCCUCCGGCCCCUCGCCCGCCGAACCCCCUUCCCUCUCCCGACCCUCCCCCACCGACGCGCCUUCCGCCUCGCCCGCAUCCACCUCCCCAACCAGUGGCCCUCGUACACCCCUUACCCCCUCGCCUCCGAGCUUCAAUCCGUCCUCGCCGCGCCCCACCACGCCUACAAGGCCUCCUCCUCACCUUCCUCACCUCGCUCACCCGCCGCCGGCGACGCGCCGAACCCCCCCGCCCUUCUCCUCGUUGCCCUCCUCCUCCUCUUCUCCCGACCCCCGCUCCUCUUCACCCCCGAAAUCCACCACUCCCCGCGGCGGCCUCACCACCUACCACGGCCCCGGCCAACUCGUCUUCUGGCCCGUCGUCGACCUCCGCUCCCCCUCCACCCCCACCUCUCCGUCCGCGCCUACGCCUCCCUCCUCGAAGACGUCACCGCCUCCCUCCUCUCUUCCCGCUUCGGCAUCGCCACCUUUCGCGAUCCCGACAACCCCGGCGUCUGGGUCCGUUCCUCUUCUUCUUCCUCCUCCUUCGACCCCCCCCCGCGCCGCAACCCACCCCGCGCCCCGACCGCAAAAUCGCCGCCCUCGGCAUCCACCUCCGCCGACACGUCGCCACCCUCGGCCUCGCCCUCAACCUCUUCGUCCCUACCACCGGUUCCCCACGUCAACCCCUGGUCCCGCUUCGUCCCCUGCGGUAUCCCCGACCGCGACGUCACCAGCGUCGCCGCGGAGCUCGGCCUGGACACCCCAAACCCGAACCCGGACCCUGGCGCCUCUGCGGACAAGGGGCUGCGGUGGUCUCUGCUAGAGCCCGCCCUCGUUGCCGAGGAAUGGGCUGACGAGUUCCAGAGGAGGCUACGGGCCGACAUAUCGAACCAGAACGAGGACGGCGACGCCGCCGCCAACUUUGAACUUUCUACGCCGCAGCUCCCUCAAUCCAUGUUGAAGUGA